CAAGUUUGUUAGGGAUUUAUUGUUACGUCACAUCCGGAAGGGAGCUUUGCCUCCUACUUUUUUGUUGGGAUCUGGGAGAGAAGUCUGUCCCGCAGAGGAGACGAGGUGGAAUAACAGAAGAAAGGGGGAAUAAAUAAAGGAGUUACCUACCAUGGAACUGUACGAGGUGGUUGUUUAGUCAUCUACGAUGCAAGCGGACGUCCUUUCAUCGUGAAUUCCCUUUAGGAGGUCUUUGUGUGAUACUGUAACCCUCCCUCUACCACAUCAUGCUGAGUUUCCUGCGCAGGACGCUGGGGCGACGCUCCAUCCGGAAACAUGCGGAGAAAGCCCGGUUACGGGAGGCUCAGAGAGCCACAACGCACAUCCCUGCUGCUGGGGAUGCAAAGUCUGUCAUCACUUGUCGUGUAUCCCUACUGGAUGGGACAGAUGUCAGUGUUGACCUGCCAAAAAAAGCCAAAGGCGAGGAGCUGUUUGAGCAGAUCAUGUACCAUCUGGACAUCAUAGAGAAAGACUACUUUGGGCUACGCUUCAUGGACGCAGCACAAGUGCCACAUUGGCUUGAUGUUACAAAAAGUAUCAAAAAGCAAGUUAAAAUCGGCCCACCGUACUGCCUUCACAUGAGAGUGAAGUUCUACUCUUCAGAACCAAACAACCUGCAUGAGGAGCUCACCAGAUAUCUAUUUGUGUUGCAAUUAAAGCAAGACAUCCUCAGUGGCAAACUAGAAUGUCCAUUUGACACAGCAGUGGAGUUGGCUGCGUUCUCACUACAGGCUGAGCUGGGUGAUUGUGACCCAUUAGAACAUAAUCUAGACCUGGUGUCGGAAUUUCGCUUCAUCCCCAACCAAACGGAGGAUGUGGAGCUGGCUAUAUACAAUGCAUGGAAGGAGUGCAGAGGUCAGAUGCCAGCUCAAGCUGAGAUUAACUACCUGAACAAAGCCAAGUGGCUAGAAAUGUAUGGGGUGGACAUGCAUAUGGUCAAGGCAAGAGAUGGUAACGAGUACAGUUUGGGUCUGACACCCACUGGUGUUCUGGUGUUUGAAGGACAAACCAAGAUUGGCCUCUUCUUCUGGCCCAAGAUCACUCGUCUGGAUUUCAGGAAGAGCAAACUAACACUUGUGGUAGUGGAGGAUGAUGAACAGGGUAAAGAGCAGGAGCAUACAUUUGUCUUUCGGAUGGACCAUCCCAAGGCCUGUAAGCACCUCUGGAAAUGUGCUGUGGAACACCAUGCUUUCUUUAGGCUGAGAGGGCCGGUACAAAAGAACUCUGCACGCUCUGGAUUCAUACGCAUGGGAUCACGUUUCAGAUACAGUGGAAAGACAGAGUAUCAGACAACCAGGGCCAGUAAAGCAAGGCGGUCCUCCUCUUUUGAGAGAAGACCCAGUCGACGUUACUCAAGAAGAACCAUGCAGAACAGAGGGCCACUCAACCCUCAGGAAGUUCUUACCUCAGGCAAUGGUGUUUCCUCCAGCAAAGACAACAAGGUUGCUCCCAGUAGAGGUCCCUGGUCAGGCGUACCUUUGGUCAGUCCCAUCGCUGCUUCUACCUGCGGACCAAUGGAAAUUGAAGCUCUGCCCAGGAGUCCUGGAGGAGACAAAAGGAGUAUGCCCAUGACUGCUGACCUGAUGGAGACGUGCAUUGAUGACGUCCUCAGGGCUCCUGUUGUUCCCACGGUGACGGCCACAGAGGAGGCCGGACCAAGCAAUGCCUAUGUUUCUGCCAGUGUCGCUGCAGAAGAUCUGCUCAGCCUCACCGAUGCAGCAGCUCGUCUGAAACAGCUGGAGUUGGAGAGCAGUCCGCUUCUGGCUACUCCAAGAAAUAACAUCAAUGUCAAUAUGGCCAUGAACAAUCAGGAGGAUGUGAUGAAGCUCACAGAGAAGUGUGGUCUAAGUAGUACAGGCAGUAGUCCAGUGGUCACUCUACUGCGUACCCCAGAGGACUUGAAGAGUAACAUCCUCAAGGCACAAGCAGAGACUGCUGCCCUCAAGGGGUCUCUGGAGGAGCAGGUCAUAAUGGUUGGAGAUAAAAACUGUAACUUGCAGGAGGCUUCUGCUAGGCUGAAGGUGCGUACCGGGCGAAUGGGCAGCAACUCGUCUCUGUCCAUUAGUGGUCCUCCUGACAUCCAGGAUUCCUGGGAACUCCUAAAACCAGCUUCACUGGUCUCAUCAGCAGGGGCCAGUGCCGAGAGGUUAGCUGAAGAUUUAAACCCCCCAGUUCCCAAGAUGCCCUCUGAGUCUGCCAGCGAAGGCUUGGCACCAAAGAUUAAAAGGGAAGAGUCUGACCUGCAAAACACUGCCCCCCUGUCUGACAACUUGAUCGACUUCUCUGACCCAACACCUGCUCUCCCACCAGUUCAGCAGCUCAAACCUCUCAUCACUCCUCGCUGGAUCAUUCCGACAACCGCUCCUCCUGGCAUCUUUACUAAUGGCCUGCUCGAACUUGAACCCCCUACUAAGGUCACUCCUCUUCUCCUGGCAGAUGGGGGGGCGGCUCUCUCCCCUCCCUCUCACCUCGCUCACACAUGUAACACCAUCUCCAGCAGCUCUAUGGGUCAUCCACCAGCCUCGGAGGAUGGAGUCAAACCCAGAGGUCUCCUGACCACUGAGCUCUGAUGUGGACAUGAGGAGCCAGCCCCAUUAGAUGCAUGUCCCUGACUUUAUUACCACCACAGCCCAUUACUUUCUCGCCCAUCCACACACAAGCAAUCUGGGGGUAGUAGACUUAACACUGUGGGCUAAGAGGAGAGCAGAAAGGAAGAGCCAACUGACAGUGACCACAAUUUCACUUGCACCCACACUGAUAAACAGAAUGAACACAGUGAAUCAGGUAGACAGAUCAAGAAUAUGGACACGAGCUUAGUUUUUGUAAAAGGGUCGAAACAAAUCUUUAGUGUCUGUAUUAACAUCUUAAAAGCACCUACCUUGGAAUUUCCUGAUUAGAGUUUCACUGUUAGUCAUUUACUAAAUCCAUCUAGCCAACCAGACCUCUAACAUCAUCUCGUAGCUGACAGGCAAUCAAAACCUUGUUUCCUACAGAGGUCAUGCACAACAAUCAUCAUCUCAUGGUAAGGUACGUUGCACAAAAGCAUCAACCACUGGCUUAUGAUUUAGAGGUUAGUGCUGCUCCCCCGCCCGUUUUUUGAGUCAUGUUGUAUUAUCACUGGGAAAUCGUAUCACUGGAUCUCUGCUAUUCUGAGCGUUUCUGUACACUCACAGCUGCUGGGUACACUGGUUAAAGGACUGAAAGGACAAGUCUAUAAAAAGAGACACUGCUAAAAGAAAGACAAUGACUUAAAUGUUGAUUCUAAGAGAUAAACAAAACCUGAACUCUCCACAUUUAAACACAUGGGUAUUGAUGCUCUACUGACCUGGUAGCACACUACAAACCUUUUUUAAACCCAGUUAGUGAAACUCAUCUGUUGCAGCCACUGGCUAUGAAAACUUCACUGGACUGUCUUUGCAAGCCUGGACCUUGUAAGGAUUCUUUGCAAAGCAUGAUGGGUUUUACUCUCCUGCUCUUACCUGUUUUCUUUUUUAAAUGUUUUUAUUUGCCCAUGGCACAACUUUUUAAAUGUACCAGGAUCAUGAGGGACUGAACAUCACUAGCGACAGUUAAUUCUUUGUCUCAGUUUGGACCUUCUUUCUGUGUCUCACCCUUUGCUAAACUCUUAUCAUGGCCUACAAUGUGAAGUCAUAAUGUUUUGUUUAGUGUUUUCACAAGUGGCACCUUUUCAUCCACAUGAAUCUGAAUGUUCUUGAGAACAUAAAUGCUACAACUGAAGCCUGGUCAAUGGCUGUUUAAAAACUGAUUACUGGGGCACACUGGGGACACUCAGUCCAGUUUGUGGGUUAGCCAAUGGACAUCUGCUCAUUUACACAGUAACUUGACCCUGUUGUAGAAACUGACUCCAGCUAUUAAUAUGCUGUAGCUACUACCCUGCCUUAUAUAAAAAUGAAUGUAUUCAAAUGACUUUUGUAGGAAUGCUGGAGGUGCCACAGUGUAAACAUAUCAUUUGUACAACUUGUUAAACCCACAGUUCCUGGGGUACUUUGUAACUGGAGGAAAACGUGUGGAAUAUCUUUAUUUGUGGAUUGUGUACGUGUGAAGUCCAGGCAUAAUUCUGCAUUUUCCAAGUUUUUAACCAAGUAUCACAUUGACAUUUAAAUUCUAGUGUUGUAGAUGUCAUGCUUAAAAAAAAAAAAAAUCCCGUUACUCGAUACAUAACCAUUAAGUCUGGACCCUCAGUCAGGUUAUGUCUGUGUAGUUUUGUCACUGUGAUGCUGAUUUCAUUAUUGAACAAGGGAAGUUGACUGUUUCACGGUGUCUUCUUAGCAGUGACAGCUAUUUAUGCUACUACUCAUUGCAGCUGUUCAAAUAGUACAUUCUGUCCAGAAGCGGUGUAGCAUACAGUUAUAAUAUGCUGUCAAUAUAAUGACAUCUGGUUGUAGAUAGGACGUAGAUUUUCUUUUCUUUUUUUGAAAAUCACGGUGAUGUUAUUGCGGCAUCCAGAGGAGAAUUUCCACAUUGAGCUGUUUUCUUAUUACUGAUCAAACUGGCUGGAAAAACAUAUUGUGGCAUCACAAAUGCAAAUUUAUAUUCUUUUAUUUGUUUUCUCCUGGAAUACCUGCUACCAGUAAAGCUGUGCUACAGUAGGACUUAGUUGUUUUUCAUUAAUUUUUAUUGUUUCACUGGUGUUAAAAUGAUUUGCCUGCAAAUGUGAGUGAUGAGUUGGAUUUAUGCAAGAUUAUAUCAUCCUAUUUACUACACACAGAUGUGAUUGUCUUGUUAAAUCAGCUUUGAAAAGAUGCCCUGAUCACUCGAAGGUAAAACCUCUUACUUUGUGUUCCUAUUCAAACCCACCCAAGUCUUUUAUACAGUGAGUAAAGCUCUUGUAUCAGAGGUCUCGGUCG